AAGAUGAGGAUGCAGGGGAGGAGGGGGAGAUGACUGUCACAGUGAAAGAAGAGGAAGAGAAAGAGGGGAUGACUGUCACAGUGAAAGAAGAGGAAGACGUUUUUGAAAUGAAGGAAGUGGAGGAGAUUACUGUCACAUUGGAAGAAGAGGAGGAGGAGACAGGAGAUCUGAUUAACAACAGAGAGAGACCAGUCUCUCCAUCUGACAGCAGGAAGAGUCCUUCAGGGGAACCAGACCCUGAGACACCCAAGCCAGCGAGACGACACCACUGCUUCCAGUGUAAUAUGAGUUUUAAGUGGUUAUGGAAGUUGAAAGAGCAUGAAAGGAAACACACUGGAGAAAAGCCCUUCCAAUGCUCCCAGUGUGGAAAUAGAUUCUCACGAUCACAUGACCUAAAAUCACAUGAGAGGACACACACAGGGGAAAAACCACACAAUUGUUCCCAGUGUGGAAAGCUUUUUUCCCAUUUAGGGAACCUGAACAAACAUAAGCGAAUACACUCUGGAGAGAAGCCUUACCCCUGUUCCCAUUGUGGAAAGAAUUUUAGGUCUUCAGAUAACCUGAAAGCGCAUGAGAGGACACACACAGGGGAAAAACCUUACCAUUGCUCCCUUUGUGGAAAAGAUUUUACCAAGUUAAGGAACCUAAAAGAGCAUGAGAGGAAACACACAGGAGAAAAGCCUUACGAAUGCUCCCAGUGUGGAAAGAGUUUUUCCCAUAUAGGGAACCUGAACAAACAUAAGAGAGUACACUCUGGAGAGAAGCCUUACCCCUGUUCACAUUGUGGAAAGAAUUUUAGGUCUUCCGAUAACCUGAAAGCGCAUGAGAGGACACACACAGGGGAAAAACCUUACCAUUGCGCCCUGUGUGGAAAGGAUUUUACCAAGUUAGGGAACCUAAAAGAGCAUGAGAGGAAACACACAGGAGAAAAGCCUUACCACUGCUCCCAGUGUGGAGAGAGAUUUUCAAGGUCACUAUACCUUAAAACACACGAGAGGACACAUACAGGAGAAAAGCCUUACCACUGCUCCAAUUGUGGAAAGAGAUUUUCAACAUCAUCGGACCUAAAAAAGCACCAGAGGACACACACAAGGGAGAAAUCUUACCAUUGCUCUCAAUGUGGAAAUAGUUUCUUACGAUCACAUGACCUAAAAUCGCAUGAGCUGACACACACAGGGGAAAAACCACAUAGUUGCUCCCAGUGUGGAAAGUGUUUUUUGUAUUUAGGGAACCUGAACAAACAUAAGAAAAUACACUCUGGAGAGAAGCCUUACCCCUGUUCCCAUUGUGGAAAAUUCUUUAGGUCAUUAGAUAACAUGAAGGAGCAUGAGAGGACACACACGGGGGAGAAGCUUUACCAUUGCGCCCUGUGUGGAAAGAGAUAUUCACGAUCACAUGACCUAAAAUUACAUAAAAGGAAACAUACAGGGGAAGAAAACGCACAAUUACACACACAGGGGAUAAACCACACAGUUGGUCCCAGUGAGGAAAGAAUUUAACGCAGUUGGAGAACCUCGUCCCAUUGAGGAAAUACAUUGUCCCAGUCACAUGACCUAAAAUCACAUCAAACCAAACUAUAUUUAUACAGCACCUUUCAGACAUGGAAUGGAACACAAUGGGCUUCACAGGAAAAAAAUAAUGGGGGAAAAAAACUGAAAUAUUUACGACACAACAAACAUAAGAUCAUUUUUUUUUUAAACUAAACAUUAACAAUAAAAACAGCACAACUAAAAAGCACCCUGAGGAAAAGAAAAGCUAAAAAUGUAUUUUAAAAUCUCUUUUAGAAACGUCCACAGUUUCAGCUCCCCUCAGGUUUUCUGGCAGGCUAGUCCAGAGUCUGGGGGUAUAGUAACUAAAGGCUGCCUCUCCAUGCCUCUUGGUCCCCCUCAGGUUCUCUGCCAGGCUAGUCCAGAGUCUGGGGGCAUAGUAACUAAAGGCUGCCUCUCCAUGCCUCUUGGUCCCCCUCAGGUUCUCUGGCAGACUAUACCAGAGGCUGGCGGUAUAGUAACUAAAGGCUGCCUCUCCAUGCCUCUUGGUCCCCCUCAGGUUCUCUGGCAGACUAUACUAUACUAUUCCAGAGGCUGGCGGUAUAGUAACAAAAGGCUGCCUGUCCAUGCCUUUUGGUCCCCCUCAGGUUCUCUGGCAGACUAUACUAUACUAUUCCAGAGGCUGGCGGUAUAGUAACUAAAGGCUGCCUCUCCAUGCCUCUUGGUCCCCCUCAGGUUCUCUGGCAGGGUAUUCCAGAGUCUGGCGGUAUAGUAACUAAAGGCUGCCUCUCCAUGCCUCUUGGUCCCCCUCAGGUUCCCUGGCAGGCUAGUCCAGAGUCUGGCGGUAUAGUAACUAAAGGCUGCCUCUCCAUGCCUCUUGGUCCCCCUCAGAUUCCCUGGCAGGCUAGUCCAGAGUCUGGCAGUAUAGUAACUAAAGGCUGCCUCUCCAUGCCUCUUGGUCCCCCUGUAGUUUUUAUAGCAUCUACCUGUACUAUUAGUUCAUGUAUCUCUG